GGAAGUGACCUACUACCACACACUACCCACCACAGACCCCUCGCCCCGCCACAGGUCCACAGGGCCGGUGCCCCUCUUUAAGCGUGUCUUCUCAUACGUGAUUUGAAAAACUAAAAGAAGAAGGAAAAUGUGUAUUUAAGGACUUUGCCACAGAUUGCUUUACUGUCGGUUUUGGGCAAAAAGAGGAAGGCCUUCUGUGACAGCCCGAUGUCCAAUAACUCCACCCACCACUGCCUCGCCCCGCAGGGGCUGGUGGCCACCGCACUGCCCCCCAUCCUGAUCAUAGAGUUUCUACUGGGGUUGCCAGGAAAUGCCAUGGCCCUGUGGGUGUUCUGCUGCCACCCGCAGGCCUGGAGGCCAAACACCGUCUACCUGCUUAACUUGGUGCUGGCUGACUUCCUGCUGCUCAGCGGCCUGCCGCUCCGCAUCGACAACCUGCUCCGCGGUGAAAACUGGGUCCACGGCGACGCCCUGUGCCGGCUCAACCUCUUCAUGCUGGCGGUGAACCGCUCGGCCAGCAUCGCCUUCAUGACCGCCGUGGCAGUCGACCGCUACCUCAAGGUGGCACACCCGCACCACCGCGUCAACCGGAUGAGCAGCAGGCGGGCAGGAGCGGCGGCGGGGGUCGUGUGGUCGGCCGUGGUCCUGCUGCGGGCCCCGCUCCUGGCUGAGCCCCUGCUGUGGCGUCAUGGCGACCGGAUGCUUUGCCGCAGCUUCAGCUCGUACCGGAAGACUUCGGCGGUGCUCCAGCUACACUACGGUGUCUAUGUCGCCGAGUUCUUCCUGCCGCUGCCCGUCCUCGUCUUCUGCGCCGCUGGGAUCAACCGCGUGCUCCGCCGGCGCCGCCUGGAUCGGGAGCGCAAGGUGCGGCGGGCCAUGUGGUCAGUGGUGGUCAUCGCCACCGUGUUUGGCGUCUGCUUCCUGCCGGGCGUUGCCACGGGGCUCACUGCCCUGCUCGUGCAGAAGCUCCUCCCACACGACUGCGACUCCCUGCUGCUGGUCGGCCAGAUCUUCAGCCUCUCCAUCGGCUUCACCUACCUGAACAGCACCCUGGACCCCGUCCUCUACUGCUUCUCCAGCAGCGCGUUUCGGAACACCCUGCUGUCCGCCGCUGGCCGCCUGGGUGUGCUCCGACAUUGGGCCAACCGCAAGGAGAGUGUAGCCAGCGAGGGGUAAGACCCUCCUCCUCCUGGGCUCCACCCACCUCGGUUUUGGUUACACAAUGCAGGCUGAGGCCUCAGCUUUGAGGCACAAGCUGAGGGAAGUGACACUUUUUUUUCUCCCUUACGCAGCCGGUUUCGUUUCUCUCUGAAGUUACAGUGAAAAUGUGGGCACAGGAAAUGGGGACUGUGCUUCACAUAAAAUGUCUCAGCUCUGAUCAGUCUUCAAGCCACUCCACAAAUCUACUGUCGAUACUCUCCAGCAACAACACCUUCACAUAUGCUUUAAAUAUACUGUUUUCUGCACUACAUCGCAUGCAUUACAUAUAGAUAAAGCUUACAUACAGUUCGUAAGGCUUACGUAAUACUUCAAGAGUAAGAAAUGUAACUGUACACUUGCUUAACGAACACCCUUACACAGACAAGCUUGGGUGCCUGAUAAUUCAUGCAUGUUAUUCAUACACCUGGGGAAUUUAGGUAUGUUGCCCAAGUGGCCCGUGUGGAUAUCAAUCUGGUGAUCUGUCGGGUUAUAUGAGCCCUGCUCCUUACCGCUAUCCCACACUCUCUGUUAUUACUGUAGGCAUCAUUGCUCCAAGUCUAGGCACGCUCAUUGGACCAACCCCAGUUUCUCAAGCACCAAGUCUUUCGUAACCUCAAAUAAGAAAUUGAGCUCAUUACACUAGAACCAAGAUGGCUGCUGGCCACAACACACAAUGAGUAAGCAUUCUAGUGCAAAGCCACAAGACACACAAACAUACUUUCUUCAUAUUUGGGCAGAUGUACUUGCACUUGUGCUUGUGUGGGUUUUUAUAUUUGUUUCAUCAAGAGCCCUUGUGUUUUGUAAAUGCGGUGUUAUAUUGAAAUAGAUAAUGAUGCCUGAGGAGAAGUGCAGAAUGGUGCCAGAGCCUAAAACUGAAUGUUUUAUUUAGCACAUUUCAUAGUACAAGUUUGACUUUCAGCAAGACACAAUAUGAAUAAAAAUGCGAGGUCAAAAAAGUAC